AUGCCUUCUACGACGGAAUCUUUCCCGCAGCUGGUAUCGUCAGCGAAGCAAGAUAAAUUGACACCGCUCAAUGCGCCGAGCAGUAUUGAAUCUCCGAGAAUAAGACGGCGUUCUAGUGGGUUAGGUGGUGAAAUUAGAGCUGGAGAUACUGGUGCGCCGGCUUUUGCUACAGUCGAUGUUAGACCACCCUCUCCCGGGACAAUUAAGGCACAGGCAGAUAGAGAUCGAAAGAAACCAUACUCGAAAAGGCGCAAAGCAAAGACACUGUUGCAACAAUAUAAAAGAUAUGCAUUGAAGCAUACUUGGGUUACACCUCUCGCUAUCAUCGCCGCUGUCCUCUCCUUAUACGCCAUCAAUCCUUCGAAAUCCAAUCCCCUACACUAUUUCAUUUUUCCAGCUUACGAACUUCCUCGCGAGGAAGGGUCGGACCCGGGAGCACCAAUUCAAUACGGCAAAGGACCGUGGGAUUUCGCUUUGGUUUCUUUCUACAUUGUGGUUUUAUCCUUCACUCGCGAAUUCAUCAUGCAGAAAUUCCUCAGACCAUUGGCUCGCAAGAGUGGAUUGAAGAGUAGGGCUAAACAAUCAAGAUUCAUGGAACAGAUGUACACUGCGAUCUAUUUUGGGUUCCUCGGUCCCUGUGGUUUGUACGUCAUGAGUCGAACCCCGGUUUGGUAUUUCAAUACACAUGGAAUGUAUGAGGGAUUCCCGCACAAGACACACGAGGCGAUAUUCAAAUUCUAUUACUUGUUCCAGGCUGCAUACUGGGCGCAACAGGCUCUAGUUUUAUGCUUGGGUUUGGAGAAGCCUAGGAAGGAUUAUAGGGAAUUGGUGGGACAUCACAUUGUGUCUUUGUUCCUUAUUGGGUUGAGCUACCGUUUUCAUUUCACAUAUAUGGGUUUGGCUGUUUAUGUCACUCAUGAUAUUAGUGAUUUCUUCCUAGCGACAUCCAAAACUCUCAAUUACUUGGAUCACCCUCUUGUAGGACCUUACUUCGCAUUCUUCAUUGCUGCUUGGGUCUACCUCCGUCAUUAUCUCAACCUCAGAAUUCUCUACUCGGAAUUCAAUGAAUUUAAAACCGUCGGUCCUUAUGAAUUGAACUGGGAAACCGAACAAUACAAAUGCCUACUCUCACAAGUAAUCUCAACCGCUCUUCUCGCUAGUUUACAAGCUCUCAAUCUUUUCUGGCUCUUCUAUAUUCUGCGUAUCGCCUACAGAUUCGUUUUCAUGAGUAUAGUAGAAGAUGACAGAUCGGAUAAUGAUGAGAAUGAACUGGCAGAAGAAAUGAAAUUAGAUGCAUUGGCAAAGGAGGGGCUUGAUGUCGUGGCUGCUAAGAAGGUCUUAGAGGAGACCCCUCAACCAAAGAUCAAGCUGAAUGGAAAUUCUAUUAAUGGGAGGGGUACCGGGGUGGAAUUGAAGACGGAUGGAGUUACAAAUAGGAAGGAGAAUGUUAGAUUGGAUUCUUGA